CCGAGAGAGGGAGAUCCCAGACAGCCAUGGAGGGGCCCUUCCGCCUCCUCCUCCUGGCCUUGCUGCUCCCGGCCGCCGCCGCUACUGCACUUUUGGGCCGCAGCCGUGCGAGCCGACCCUGCUGGCCACCGAGGUCUCCCGCUUCUGUGCAACGAGCAUCCCCUCCGUGCAGUGCUGUGAACCGCUGGUGGCCGCCGUCGACCUCGGGGGCUGCCUCUGCCGCCGAGCCCAAGUUGGUCGCGGCCGGACUCAACGCCACGGACUUCCUCAUGGUCUACACCUCCUGCGGCGGACUGCUGCGUCCCGGACGCGCCCAACUCGCCGCCUGCCAAGGACCCGCUCCCCCUGCCACCCUCGCCCGGACCUUGCCGCACGCAGCAGCCACCACGUAACCUCGAUCGCCUUUCUAGCUACUUCCGUUUGUUGCCUGUGACGAUGGAGCAAGUGAGCUUGAUAUAAAGAUUGCUAUGAUAGGGAUGUGCAAGAGGUUGAUAUUGUAAGAAAUCAAGGAUCGAUUGGUUGAGGCGUGAUGAUCUUCUGGGAUCACCUGCCUUAUAUUUAUAUCACAAUAGAUCGAUCAGAGAUCGUUACAGAGUAGGA